GAUUACAGGCGUGAGCCACCAUGCCCAGCCAAGUAGAGUAAUUUUCAUAUGAAUAUAACAACAACCAAAAAAUAAAAUUAAAAAACCCUUCCACGUAAGGAUUAAACAGCACAUCAGAUGUAACCAAAGAGAGAAUUAGUGAACUAGAAGACAGAUUGGAAGAGAUUACCUGAAUGUAUCACCAAGACACAAAGAGAUGAAAAAUACAGAAGACAGGUUAAAAGACAUGGAGUACAGAAUGAAAAGGUCUAGAACACUCCUAAUCAGAGUUGGCAAAGGAGAGAGCACAGAGGACAGAGGAAAAAUAAUAUCUGGAUGGUUUCUGAGAACUUUCCAAUAAGACAAAAUAUGGUAAAAGAUGUGAAUUCAUACAUACAGGAAAUACAACAUAUUGAGCAGAAUAAAUAGAAUAAAUAAAUAUCUAGAUACAUUGUGACAAAACUACAAAACACCAAUGACAUCUUAAAAGCAGGGAGUAAAGAGAGAUCACCUACACAACAAUGAGGAUUAGACUGAGGAGACUUCUUUACAACCAACGUGUAUCAGGCCUAUUAUAUGCCCACACUGUCCUAGGUACUUAGAACAUAAGCAUGAACAAGCCAGGCCCAGACCCUACCCUGUGGAGCUACAGAACCUCUACCAGGGAUUGCAGAUGUGCAGUAACAAUUAUAGCGUGAUGAGCGAUCCUGGUUGGAGGGCAAAAGAAUCGGCCAGAAAACAACACCAUGGAACAGCAUUAUGAAGAUUUUCCUAUCCCACGUAGGAUCCACAUAGGGAUUGGCCCCAAGCACAGAUCCUUGCUGGCAGCCUGAGAGGCACUCAGUCUAACUUGGUUGCAAGGCAACUCCACCAACCUUUAUUAAAUAAGGCUCUGGGUCUCUGGGUACUGGCUGCCUGCUCACACAUCCCUUUACAGACAUCUGGACCCCUCCCUUACCCCACAUUAUAAGCAAGGAGGAAGAAGAGGACCCGAGGCUGGGAAACGCAGAGGUGGCAGUUGGGAUCAAACAUCCUACGUGUUUACCAAGACUGGGAGGGCUUUUCCCUCCAGGGGACCCUUGGGACAGCAGCUGCUAUGUUCAUGCAUCCUUCCUUGGGACAGGGGUCAGACUAGAUGUCCUAAGACUGGCAGCUUCCUCUCUGGGACCCCUGAGAGAAGCGGAGACAAAUGCUCCUCCUCAGGGCCUUCUUCAAGGUCCUGGACUGAGUCCCGGUGGCCACAGACUAGGUAGCAGUGUGUAGGGCCCUGGGUUCUGCAGAGCUUACAUGGAGGGCAGGCGUUAUGCUGGAAUGAAGCCCAGGAGUGUCAGUAAUGGGGAAGAGUGCCCUGAGGCAUGGAAUGCUGCCCGUGAUCAACAACAGCUUCAACUGUAGACUCUGUCCAGGCCAGGGCCAACUCUCUGUACCAGCAUCAACAUCUCUCUGCCCUGGCCCCAUUCCAGGGUUCAUUAAGUAAAGCGUGCUAGGAAGCUCUGAACCCCCUGCCAUAGGGCAGAACUGUGUCCUAUUUAGCCUUAUAUUCCCUGUACACGGACAGGAUAGCUCUACUGGGCGCUUAUUCAUGUAAGGGGUGGGGUCCUGGCUGAGAGGUGAAGGAUUUGGAGAGAGGGCAUGGGGGACAGAGACAGAGGAGCGAAGUCUGGGGAGGGCUGGGAAGCUAUUCGGAGAAGGCUGGAAAGACGUGAAGGAAAGCAAGCAGGGCAGAAAGGAAGGGGGCUUCUCACAGUCGGGGCGAUCUGGUCUGGAGGAGUGAGGGGCCGCCAGCCGCCCUGGUGACCGUCACCUUGUCCCACUAGGGAACUCGGGGUGCGGCCCUCGCCAGCCCCCGGGCCAGCCGCCAGGUCCCCGCCCUCCGCGGGAUUUACUCCUGUCCCGCCUUCUCGGAUUUAGCUCAGGCAGCCUGGGAGGUUCCGCAGUCGCCGCUUCCGCCUUGACCAGGUGCAGCUGGAGACCCGGUCUCUCUAGGACCUACCCUGGGCUGAACAUCUGAAGGAGAGUGCCAUCAUCCUUAGGGACUCCUUCUCCGGACAUGCUUCCUGAGGCCGGCUCCCUGUGGCUACUGAAGCUGCUCCGGGACAUCCAGUUGGCCCAGUUUUACUGGCCCAUCCUUGAGGAGCUUAAUGUCACUCGGCCAGAGCACUUCGACUUUGUAAAGCCCGAGGACCUGGACGGCAUUGGCAUGGGCCGGCCUGCCCAGCGCAGACUGUCCGAAGCUCUGAAACGGCUACGUUCCGGGCCUAAGUCUAAGAACUGGGUCUACAAGAUCCUUGGAGGUUUUGCCCCUGAACACAAGGAGCCCACCCUGCCCUCGGACAGCCCACGGCACCUCCCUGAGCCAGAGGGGGGCCUCAAAUGUCUGAUCCCAGAGGGUGCUGUUUGCAGAGGGGAGUUGCUGGGUUCCGGCUGCUUCGGUGUGGUGCACCGAGGGCUGUGGACGCUGCCCAGUGGCAAGAGUGUCCCAGUGGCGGUCAAGUCCCUCCGGGUAGGUCCCGAAGGCCCGAUGGGCACAGAACUGGGGGACUUCCUGAGAGAGGUAUCGGUCAUGAUGAACUUGGAGCACCCACACGUGCUGCGUCUGCACGGCCUUGUACUGGGCCAGCCUCUGCAGAUGGUGAUGGAGCUGGCGCCACUGGGAUCCCUGCACGCGCGCCUAACGGCCCCGGCCCCGACACCCCCGCUGCUCGUGGCCCUGCUCUGCCUCUUCCUGCGGCAGCUGGCGGGAGCCAUGGCGUACCUGGGGGCCCGCGGGCUGGUGCACCGAGACCUCGCUACGCGCAACCUGCUGCUGGCGUCGCCGCGCACCAUCAAGGUGGCUGACUUCGGGCUGGUGCGGCCUCUGGGCGGUGCCCGGGGCCGCUACGUCAUGGGCGGGCCCCGCCCCAUCCCCUACGCCUGGUGUGCCCCAGAGAGCCUGCGCCACGGAGCCUUCUCGUCUGCCUCGGACGUGUGGAUGUUUGGGGUGACGCUGUGGGAGAUGUUCUCCGGGGGCGAGGAACCCUGGGCCGGGGUCCCACCGUACCUCAUCCUGCAGCGGCUGGAGGACAGAGCCCGGCUGCCUAGGCCUCCCCUCUGCUCCAGGGCCCUCUACUCCCUCGCCUUGCGCUGCUGGGCCCCCCACCCUGCCGACCGGCCUAGCUUUUCCCACCUGGAGGGGCUGCUGCAAGAGGCCUGGCCUUCGGAAGGAUGCUGUGUGAAGGAUGUCACAGAGCCAGGCGCCCUGAGGAUGGAGACUGGUGACCCCAUCACAGUCAUCGAGGGCAGCUCCUCUUUCCACAGCCCCGACUCCACAAUCUGGAAGGGCCAGAAUGGUCGCACCUUCAAAGUGGGCAGCUUCCCAGCCUCGGCGGUGACGCUGGCAGAUGCGGGGGGCUUGCCAGCCACCCGUCCAGUCCACAGAGGCACCCCUGCCCGGGGAGAUCAACACCCAGGAGGCAUAGAUGGAGACAGAAAGAAGGCAAAUCUUUGGGAUGCGCCCCCAGCACGGGGCCAGAGGAGAAAUGUGCCCCUGGAGAGGAUGAAAGGCAUUUCCAGGAGUCUGGAGUCAGUUCUGUCCCUGGGUCCUCGUCCCACAGGGGGUGGUUCAAGCCCCCCCGAAAUUCGACAAGCCAGAGCUGUGCCCCAGGGACCCCCAGGCCUGCCUCCACGCCCACCUUUAUCCUCUAGCUCUCCUCAGCCCAGCCAGCCCCCUAGGGAGAGGCUUCCCUGGCCCAAAAGAAAACCCCCACACAAUCACCCCAUGGGAGCGCCUGGAACCAGUAAAGCCGCUGCCCUCUCUGGAGGCCUCUUGCCCGAUCCUGAGUUGCAGAGGAAGAUUAUGGAGGUGGAGCUGAGUGUGCAUGGCGUCACCCACCAGGAGUGCCAGACAGCACUAGGAGCCACUGGGGGAGAUGUGGUUUCUGCCAUCCGGAACCUCAAGGUAGACCAGCUCUUCCACCUGAGUAGCCGGUCCAGAGCUGACUGCCGGCGCAUCCUGGAGCAUUACCAGUGGGACCUCUCAGCUGCCAGCCGCUAUGUCCUAGCCAGGCCCUGAGCUCAGCUUCUGCGGGCAUGGACACCAGCAUGAAAAGCCUAGGCCCCUGAGGGCCUGGCCACAUGAGACCAAGCAGAACCAGAACAAGGUCCUGACAGGGGUAGACUUUCCACCUGGGGAGAUCCCACCUGCUGUAGGCACGUGGAGGAGCCCAGGGUUGGGCACUGGCAAAUGUCUUCUCCCUCCCAUGCUCCUUGGCUUCUGAAGGCUGAAGCUCCUUUGGCUGGGCCAAGAAGGAUCUAGUCUGCCCACUACAUUCUCAAACAAGAGGACUUGGAGGAAAAGAGCUGCUAUACAUCAUAUGCAGAGGAAGCUUCUACGCGCUAGAGAGGAUGAAGGGGCCACGCUGGACCAUGCGAACAGCCAUCCUGAACUGCCAUCAGCUACCACACUGGACUCCACAGGGCAGCCAUCCUGGAUGAUGGAAGCCGCCAUAUUGACUUGGGGUAUAGGCCCAAACUGCCUUCGUUUGGUCCAGGGCCAUCGUGGGUGAUGACGAUUGCUCUCUUGUACUCAAGGACAUUUGAUGCUGGUAGUACGGACUAUGAGAUGGGCUAGCCCCUGCCCCAGCCCAGCUCUCACAUUCCCCUUUGUUUUUUCCCAUACACCAACUCCUUCUACCCUCCCCUAUUACAUACAUCUUUCAAUGUCCAAAAA